GCAAUGGAAAUCUACCAGGGGCCCCUAGGAAAGGAAGAGUAAAUCCAGAUCUCAGUCACUCUUGUGAUGAAGAAGUGACACCGGCAAAGCAAUGCACUGAAUAAGCAAUUUUAAACCCAUACUCUGCAUCUCCUUCACCAAACAUCCCAUCAAGAGGGGCUCAAUUUGGCUACUUUUCCCUCUUAUUUAGCAAAACCUUUAGCCACCUUCAUUUCACUAUGUACCAGGAAUAAAGACAGAUCCCGCCCUUGCCUUUGGAGAGUUUCCAGCCUCAAAGAGAAGGCAGACGCACGGUUCAAGCGAUUACAAGGUGGGUGAGUUGUUGCUGGAGUGUGUGGAAGGUGGGGAGGGGAGGCUCACCUAGCCUAGGGGUCGGUCCAGCGAGACCUCCCUGAGGAGGUGACACUUUGACAUUUAAGGCAAGACCUAAGGACAGGCAGGAGAAAGUUGGGGCAGGCCAGGCAGUGUUCCGGGCGGCCAAGUGGACGAGCGACGCGAGAAGGUGCUCUUGGUGGAGCCAGAAGUCCCCGUUAGUGUGGCCAGCGGUGCCUGAGCGGUCAGAGUUUGGGGUUGUGCGGCGGCAGUGGGGCCCCACCGAGGGGUAUCCCUACCUGGCCUUUCCCACUGUCUGUUUCCGACGCCCCUGCUGCCACCUGCUUUGCUCUUGGCGGCGACGCCCCCGCGCCCCAUUCGGGUGCAUUUCACCGGGCAGGUGCAGGUGCGGCCCUGCCGCGCGGGCCCCGGGCCCUGGUAACAGCUUACCUUCUUUCUGGCACUGCCUUAACACCUGCACCAGGAGUUUCUGCGAGGAUCUCUGGUUCCUUUUAAUGGAGAAAACAGCACGCACACUGGGAGCGGAGCACUAGGGUGCAUUUCAGGGUAAAGUUGCUUUGAGGCCAUCUUCGUGAGCAAAGCUGGAAGAGUCCAUUGACGACUUGAACAAAUGGGCCCUGUUUCUUGUUUCUCCUUUUAUACUCGAAGCAGAACACAUAGCAUUUGUGACUGAGAGCAUCUGGGUGCAAGGUGAGACUUUACAGAGACCAUCUUCCUCUUCAGAAAGCAUCGUGAAGUGGUCCGACUGUUGUUUGCCAUUAGCUUGCAGACCUGGGGAUCCUUACCAAUUAAUCGCUGAAGCAAGUGUGGACAACUUCAGCAAGCUGGGGGUGGCGUUCAUGGAAGAUAGACUCCAGAUGGCUGAUGGACUGGUACCCCAAAAGAUCGUUUCAGUGCACUUGCAGGACUCCACUCUGAAGGCACUUAAGGAUCAGGCCUCAAACAAGCAAGCCCAGAUCCUACAGCAGAAUCCUGAACCUUCCGUUGAGAGUAAGCCUGAGCCAGACGUUAUGGAGCACGUUGGUGGAGAUGACCUCAAGGUCCUUGGUGCACAACCCACAGAAGGGGAAGAUGGUACCUCUGGCCGCGAGCCUGCUGGGGAGGGUGACGUAGGAGUGGGCUCCAUCGAGCACUGUCACCUCCAUCUGUCUAGUUGCCAUGAGUGUUUGGAGCUUGAGAAUAGCACCAUUGAAUCUGUCAAGUUUGCAUCUGCGGAGAAAAUUCCAGAUCUCCCAUAUGAUCACAAUGGCACUUUGGAGGAUGUUGCUGAUGACAUCUGCCUGGACAGAGAAGGGAGGAAAGUCAACAUCACGGGGAGGGCACCCAAUAUCCUCUUCUACAUGGGUUCUGCCUCCCAGGAAUCCUUGGGCAGGUUCCAGGAGGUCCGGUCCGUUCUGGCUGACUGUGUGGACACCGAGAGCUAUACACUGUACCCCCUGUCAAGGGAAAGUGCUCUCAGAGACCCGUGGUCGGACAACUGUCUGUUGUUGGUCAUUGCCACCAGGGAGGCGAUUCCUGAAGAUCUUUCCCAGAAAUUCAUGGCCUACCUUUCUCAGGGGGGGAAAGUGUUGGGCCUGUGUUCGCCCUUCACGCUUGCUGGCUUUCAGGUGACGAGCAAGAGUGUGCUGCGGGAGACAGUCCAGAACUUGGUUUUCUCCAAGGCUGACCAGACCCACGUGAAGCUCAGUGUCCUGAGCAGUGGCUAUGUUUAUGAGGAGGGCCCUGGGGGACAGCUCAGCAUGGGCAAGCUCCAGGGUCACCUGGAGAAUGAGGACAAGGACAGGCUGAUAGUGCAAGUGCCUUUUGGACCACGUGGAGGAGAAGCUGUUCUUUGCCAGGCGCACUUAGAACUACCUCCCAGCUCUUCCGUGGUGCAAGCCCAGGAAGAUUUUAAUCUGCUCAAAUCAAGCAAUACGAGAAGAUACGAAGUCCUUAGGGAGAUCCUGACAACGCUCGGCCUGAACUGUGACCUAAAACGAGCUCCUGCCUUAACGCCUCUGUACUUACUGCCUGCUGCCGAGGAAAUCUGGGAUCCUCUUAUGCAGUGGCUGGGGAAGCAUGUGGAUCCUGAAGGAGUAAUCAAGUCCAGCAAGCUCUCCCUUAAGUUUCUUUCAUCCUACACGUCCAACAUAGAAAUCACCCCAUCUGCUCUACCCGUGGUGACUGACGUGGAGUCCUUCUUAUCAGAGAAUUUUAACUUAGAGAUCUACCGACAAAAUCUGCAGACAAAGCGACUUGGAAAAGUAAUUCUGUUUGCCGAAGUGACGCCCACCACGAUGAACCUUCUGGACGGGUUGAUGUUUGAGAUCCCGCCGGAAAUGGGGUUAAUAGCCAUCGCAGUCCGCCAAACACAGGGCAAAGGGCGGGGAUCGAAUGCUUGGCUGAGCCCCAUGGGAUGCGCCGUGUCCACCCUGCUCGUCUCCAUCCCGCUGAGGUCCCAGCUGGGACAGAGGAUCCCAUUUGUCCAGCAUCUGAUGUCCCUGGCCGUUGUGGAGGCGGUAAGGUCCAUUCCUGAGUACCAGGAUAUCAACUUACGAGUGAAGUGGCCCAACGAUAUUUAUUAUAGUGACUUCAUGAAGCUUGGUGGAGUUCUGGUUAACUCAACGCUUUUGGGAGAAACAUUUUAUAUACUUAUUGGCUGUGGAUUUAACGUGAGUAACAGUAACCCCACCAUCUGCAUCAAUGAUCUCGUCGCGGAAUACAAUAAGCAACACAGGGCAGAGCUGAAGCCCUUCAGGACCGAUGAUCUCAUCGCCAGAACUGUGACCGUGCUGGAGAAACUGAUCGACACGUUUCAGGACAAAGGGCCCAAUGGCAUUCUUCCCCUUUAUUAUAAGUAUUGGGUACACAGUGGCCAGCGGGUCCGCCUGGGAGGCCUCGAGGGCCCGGAGGUGUGGAUAGUCGGCCUGGAUGACUCUGGGUUCCUUCAGGUUCAGCAGGAGGACGGUGAGAUCGUGACGGUGCAUCCAGACGGCAACUCCUUCGACAUGCUAAGAAACCUCAUCAUCCCCAAACAGCAGUAGCCCGAGCCUGGGGUCACUGUCCUGGCCGCUGGGCAGUGGGAGGGCAGGCGGAGCCACUGCAUCGAACAUUCCGGUUCAAUUUCUGCUGCCUUUCCUAGCCCGAGGAGCUGGAAAACGGAUUUAGAGUUGUAGGCGGAUUUUUUUUCUCCCUCCAAUUAACCUCCUUAAUUCCUUAAUUUUGUUCUGUCUGUUGCCAUUUGACUUGGUGUCAGAAGAUGUUCUGGGGAGUAGCAGAAGAUCUAGUUCAGAUAAAGCACUACCACAGGUGUGAAAUCUUUCUCCCCUCUUGGGCUUGGAUGUGUGUUUAUUGGCCCAGAAGAAAAACAAAAACACAAAAGUUUUUAUUUGGAAACAGCAAUGGAAUAAUUCAGAUGUUUCCCCAGUAGCAGAGACCUUCACUCCCAGACUAUUAAAAAAUAAAUCAAAAAAAGCUUCCAGGCCCAGACCAGCAAUGAGGUAGAGGGUUGGUAACACUGUUUAUGAGCAUCCAGGGAGGUGUUUUGCUAGAGGAACACUGGCAGUUCGUUGUUUUAUUUAUUUAUUUUUUGUCCAUAAGGAAAGAGAAAGUAGAUUUCUGAGGGUUACUCUGGACCCACUGGUUUGUGGUCCAGUCACAGUGCCUAAGUGGCCGCAGAGAUGGGUGUCACUGGCAGGCUGCAGUGACCUUGGAGAGGAAAUCAGUUACUUGCUUGCACAUUAAUGUAUGAGCCCUCUUUUCAUAAAUUUGAAUUUACUGCAUAUCCUGAAGUGAUGGGAUCAAGUUCAAGAGCCUUAAAGUGUUGAUUAGGCCUCGUGUGAAUGUGGGGUGGACGACGGGGCCCUAACAGCUGGAGACGAAGACGCAUUCAUACCACACACAAGGGAGGCUUUGGGGCUUUUAAGCCAGUUGUAGGUUCACUUUGAAAUGUGGCGCAUUCCUGAAAGACGGUUUGGUGCGCAGAGAACAGAAGUACAUGGCGUUUUAUUUGUAAGCCGUAAUUUUUACCCCUCUUUUCCUAAAUUGCUAAGAAAGGAAAUACAACUGAUACUGAGCGCCCAUCAUCUAAGAGGGAGGGUGUGUGUGUGUGUGUGUGUGUGUGUGUGUGCACGCGCGCGCGUGCGUGUGUGAGAAGCUUUAAAAGAAGAUGUUCAAGAUCUGAUGCCCCAAAAGUCUCCAUGGAAGAACAAAAGAAAGGAAACCUUUUGAUAUACAUUUGUGACUUCCAGAUGUACUCCAUGCUCUUUCCAUGUAACUCCUAUCUCUGUUGAACUUGUGAAUCACACGCGUUACUUUUCAGCCUUAAAAGGCCAGUUUUUGUCCACUUUUCUCUCUUCCUGCCAGUCCCAACUGAAGUUAGUGGAAAGAAAACUUGAUGGAGCUCUCAGCAUUGAACAGAAUCCCUUGAUCAUACACUAGCACUAUCUUUCUCCAGCUUUACUUAGGCUAAUUCCAAAAACUUGCGGUUUUCGGUAUAAAAUGUGUCCACCUUUUUAGCCAGGCACAGCCAGCACCAUAGGAAGGGGGAAAAAAUAGCAUGUUUAGUUAAGUACAACAACCCGAUACGUGUUUUUGGAACUGUAACUUUUAAAAGAACUUCAGAAGUAAUUUUUGCAAAUAAGGCUUCAAUUAGAAUUUUGUCAAAAAAAAAAAAUGCUUCUCUCCUAAGUGUCUAGGUCUUCUUAUGGAAUUAGUGACAGGUUUAAAUAAAAGUCCACACCACCCCAAAAUCACCAGAUGAACUCACCCUUGAGAGGGCAUCUGCAAAAUAUCAUCAAGAGGAAAGAUCUCCCCGCUGAUGCUGCGAGUUUCAUUUCUCAAACUUUGUAAUAUAAGGCAAGUCCUCUCUCAGAGCUGCCAUUGUUACUGUUUGAAUUUCUUUGGGGGGUUCUUUAAUGAAAAACAUGCUACGUUUUGUUUUUAGCUGAAGUCCUAUUCUAGAUAGUUCUGCUUUGGGGGAAAAAAUGUUAUCAUUUCAUUUCCUUUCUGUAAAUUAAAACUAAUGAAGUGUGGCCAUGUCAGCGCAGAUGGAGAUGUUCCGAGCAUAGACCACUUUGCCUCUGUGCUUUUAAGACUGUUCUUUCUCGUGUCGUCACCCAGUCGCCUUGAGGGACACGAAGUAGACUUGAAGCAGAUGCUACGUUUUCCGUAAACCCGAUUUUGCCUCAGAUGAACCAAAGACUUUUGAAAUUCUGCUUCAUAGAGAAGAGCUGAAUAAAAGCAUUUUACUUGUA